CCACUCCGGGGAAUGUGGACCGAACCCGGGGCCGUUGAGUCCCGACAUGAUCGGCCUCUUCUGAACCCAGACAGCCGCCGAAUGUGGUGUGUGUGUGGUCAGUGAGGCGCCCUGCAGAGCAACAUGGCAGCAUGUCAGUUGAGCGUCUAGGCGACUUUAGUGUGGCCUGUGAGCGAUGUGAGCUCCACUAGGGGCGCUGCAGCUCUCCUCACCAAAACGUCCACCUCUAUUCGGCCGUUCAGAUGCACACCGACAACAAAGCGGCCAACCAUGGCAAGCAAGUCAGCAGCGACGGCCGCUCCCAGAUCCCAGGCGUGAACCACCAGCAGCAGCAGCAGCAGCAGGGAGGCGUACCCGGCAUCCAUGGAGCCAAAUCCGGACAGGUUUCCCUCGGCAACCCGGGCCAGAAGGCGGUGGCGGCGGGGCAAUCGGUGAGCGGAGGGAUGCUGAAAACCAAAUCGAAGCGGGAGCGGAGCGUGUCCAUCGACUCUGGCGAAUCCAGGAGCGGCGCUCCGGCUCCUGCGCUGGAACCAGAUGCCAAAGGAGAGGGUGUGAUGCGCAGCAAGCGGCGCUGCGUUCUGACCAAGAAGCAGCCUUACAGCGGAGAUGAAUGGUGUUCUGGUCCAGACACGGAUGACGAAGACAAGCCGCACGCCCAACGUCCGAUCCCGGGACAUGCGGACCGCCUUCCUGCUGGAAACAUGGCGGCUGAAUCCGGGGCGGCCGUCAUCGGAUCGGGACCGGCGCUGAAGGCGGAGCUGCCGCAGCCUUCACAGCAGGUGGUCUACGUUUUCACCACCUGCCUGGCCAACAGUGCUGCUGAGGCAGUGAUGAAGGGACAAAGUGAUUCAAUCCUUCGCUUUCACCAGCAAAAUGUUCCAAACUCCAAGUUGGAGCAGGGCUACCAACAAGGGAAGCUCCCUAACCUACCUGAGAAGGUAAACUCCAGCUGCUCUCCGCUAACCGGAACCCCCAAGUCCCAAAGCGGAACGCCGCGGCCAGCCUCCGCCGGAGUCGGAGGUCCGUCGUCGGCCGGACACUCUGACAGCGAGUCCGGUCAGGUCAGACCUGCCGGGGCUCCCGGCAGUAACAACGGCGCCCCCCAAAGGACAGGUGGAGGACUCAGAGAGUCGGGUAGCGGUGCUGAAUCGGGUGCUGCCGCCUCUCCGUCUGGAGGCGCCAGCAUCCUGUCCGCUCAUCUGCAGGGUGGCGCGUUGCAGAGAGGCGGCAGCAGGAACAUGGACUGUCUUUCCAAGGAGCAACUCGAACACAGAGAGCGCUCAUUGCAGACUCUGAGAGACAUAGAGCGGCUGCUUCUGCGCAGUGGAGAACCGGGAGGCCCACACUGCGGCGGUACGAACAACCCAACCAACUUGAAUAAUACAGACAGGAGUGGCGCUGAGGACGGUGAGAUUGGUACGAACGCCUCUGGGAAUUGUGCUAACGCUAGCAUGUUGCCGAAAAAGUACGAAGAGCCUCUCCAGUCCAUGAUUUCCCAAACGCAGUCUCUCGGCGGGGCAGUGCUCGACAACCCGCAUUUAGACUCUCACCACAACCUCCCGCCGCCAUUGCAUCACCAGAUGCCCUCGCCUGGAGACAACAUGGCGCCCUUGAUGGGGCCAGAGGGGCUCACGCGGGAGCAGAUGGCGUGGAGGAAGCUUAAGGAGGAGUACUACCAGGAAAAGAGGCGGCAGCAGGAGAUUGAGCACCCUGGACCCCCGCAGCACUUUAGAAUGAUUCCUGAGGCUGGCAUGCAUGGGGCCCCGAUGAUGAUUAGAGGGCCACCUCCUCCCUACCACAAUAAACCUGGAGACCAGCAGUGGGCUUCUGGGAAUUUGAUGCGACGGGGAAUUGGUGGGAAUGGGAAAGUGUUUGAGAUGCACCCGGAGGGGCCGCGGGGCCCUCGGUUCCUGGGUCCGAUCCAGAGAGGGCAGCCAGGUGGAGGGGGUUUCCCCGGAUCCGUAGAGGGCCUAGGACCUCAGAGGCCUGUCCGACCCGGGAUGAUCUGGCUGGAAGACGUUCCAAACAGCGGCGGUGGCGGUGGACCCUUCCAUGGCUGCUACCCUGGCGGAGCUCCCCAACACUUCCAAGACGACGCUGAGCUGUUGGCGCGCGAAGAAAUGUUCCGGAUCAUGGAGAAACGGCAGAUGCAGGUGUCCAGGUUUGAGCUAGACCGAUUGGCUAAACAGCAGCAGCAGGGGAACAUGGGGUCAAGAAUAAUGGACGGGUUCGGGAGUGCAGAUUUCCCCAACUUAGGAAUGGGGCGAGGCCCGCCGUCUGGUCGGGUGGAUCCAAUGGAUUUUCCUGGUUCAAGGGAGAUCAUGAUGUCACCUGGAGCGUGUCAUCCAAUGAGAGACUUGGUAGAUUCCCCUUUAGGGAGUAAUAUCCCAAUGGGAAUGAACCCUCAGAUGAACCUUCAGCAGCAGCAGAUGAUGAUGUCACAGAGGCUCAGAGGGGGGCCUUUACCGGACAUGUUUGGACCUGGAGAAAUCAGCGGAAGAGGCGGGAAUAAGGGGAUGAUGCCUGGACCUGACGGGCCAUUCCAGUUUCCCGGUCAAGGUCCCUUCCCUGAAGGACAGGUGGACGGGCCGUUUCUCCAACAACCUGGCCCUGAGAUGUUCGGCCCUGACCAGCCUGGACCCAACCAGCUCGGAGCUACGUCUCGGCUCAGCCAUUUGCCUCAAACCGAAGGCCUUAGAGGAGCAGAUCUCGCUUCCAGAAACGCCCCUGAAAUGUCAGUCAGCGUUAACUCCCUUGCCUCUCCAUCAGUGCCUCCGCCUCACCAACUCAAAUCGCCAUCCCUCAAUCAAGAGCCAUCUCCUCUCUUGCCUUCUCCGUCCGCUCCAGGGCUGAAGUCGCCGCUGUCUAACACCGGACACCACCCCGGUUUCCCCCCGGCGUCUGGAGCGGGAACUCCUUGCUCUUCUUCCUUAAAGUCUCCUCAGUUAAUGGCGUCCUCCAACCUCGGCUUGCACUCUCCGUCGGCUUCUCCGGGGCAGCUGAAGUCUCCAGCCAUGGCUGUUGGUUCUCCUGGCUGGACUUCACCUAAGGUUGCUCUUCCAAGUCCCGGCGGCCCAACCAGUGGAAAGCCCCUCGGCAAUGGAGGAAACGGCUCUACUGAAGCAGGCCAGCCCCAUCCUCCAAGAAGUUCCAGCUCAACGCCCCUUAGCCAACCAGCUUCUAUGAAUGCCGGUAUGCCCUUCACUUCCUCCCCAGGUGCAGCGCCAUCCCAGAAUCCUUUGUCCCUCAUCAUGUCUCAGAUGUCGAAGUACGCCGUCCCCAGUUCGACCCCGCUCUACCACGAUGCAAUCAAAACAAUCGCCACUUCUGACGACGAGAUGCUGUCAGAUCGACCUCUUCUGUCUGGUGUCACUAUUGGAGGAAACAUGGCGAACGCCCAGAUGUCACAGAUGCUGAACUGUCAAGGCUCCAUCGGACCCCAGAACGAGCCUCAGAGCCCGAUGGGUCUGGUCAGCCAAGGCCAGCAGCAUCUGUCCCAUGAUGCCCCUGGGCCUGAACUGGGCAUGCCGGCCAUGAGUUCGGUCAUCAUGGGAGGCGGCGCGCCUGACGGGAUGGGCCCCAGCAGCGCGUCGCCGCUGUCGGGGGGUUUUCCUCGCAUGCAGCCGCCCAUGCACUCUCCGAUCGGAGGAAUGCCGCCAAACUUCCCCCAGCCCAGCGACGACAUCCUGCCGCAUCAGCAGCUGCAGAUGCUCAGUAAAGGCCACCAUCAGCAGCGCGCGCCGCACCCGCCCGACUCCUUCCCGCCGCUGCCUCUGGGCGACGGCCCGGAUCUGAGCGAGGUGAUUCGGCCGACGCAGACGGGGAUCCCAGAGUUCGAUCUGUCGCGCAUCAUUCCGUCCGACAAGCCUAGCAGCACGCUGCAAUACUUCCCCAAAAGCGAGCCUCAUCAGAACCCGCACCAGCAGCAUACUCCACAGCAGCUGCUCAAGCAGCUUUCCCAACAUGGCGGAGGCGGUGGCGGCGGUGUGUCGUGCAACCCGCAUCUAGCCAGCCUGCAGAGCAUGGCGGAGCAGCAGCUGCCUCCCCACCCUUCGCACGGAGGGAUCCGACAGGGUAUGGGCGGGUCGAGGGCGGUGAUGUCCGGCGGCGGCGCCAUGUGUCCGCCGGGACACAUGAUGGGAAGGACAGGAAUGAUGCCGCCGCAGCAGCAGCCGGCUAUGAUGGCCAACAAUCUCCUCCACCAUCCGUCGGGGCCAUACCCCGGCAUGAUGCCGCCGCAGCAGCACCCGCACAGCUUGAUGGCGCAGCAGAACAUUAUGAUGAUGCAGGCGAAACAGAGGAGCAUGUCGAUCCCGGGGGAGCCGUUUGGACACCAGCGGCCCAUGGUGGGGCCGCCCCACCCCCAGGCGGCCAUGAUGGGGCAGCAGCAGCCACUCCGGCAGCGGGGGAUGUCUCUGGACAGUCCGAUCGGCUACGGCUCCGGCGGCAUGGCCAAUAUGCCUUUCUGACCCGGCUUCGUACUUACACAAACUUCCCAACACGUCCGGUUUUUGUGUACUGUUAUUCCCACCUGAGUGAAGUUCCUUCCUCCACAUCUUCUUCAGAUUAAGCAAAAUUUGUGUCAAACGUUUGUGCAGCAAACAUUUUUGUUUAUGCUGUUUUUAAAGAUAUUAAAGGAGACAUGGUAGAUAAAAUUCACAUUUUGCACUUUUUCAUUUUUUCUUCUGAGUUUGUACUUCUAAAAUCAGCCCAAACACUAAAAAAACAAA